AUGAUUGAUCUGUGUCCGAAAAAUGAACAACUGAAAAGUUUUUUACAGCUGAUAAUCUUGAUAUACUCCAAAAGCUCUGAUUCCUCAUCAAACGACGAUUUACAAGGAAUGAUGCCAAUUCCACCUAAUGUGUUAAUUUCACCCAUAAAGUUGUUAACUAAAGAAGAAAUAGCUCAGCAAAAAGCCAUCAAAAUUAGAACUACACUAACACCUAAUAAUAAAAGCAGCCUUUCAUUAAAUGAGACACCCAGUCCAUAUUCAUCUUGCGAGACUUCACGAUCUUCCCCAAAUGAACCAGUAAACACAUCAAUAUCUAAAGAAAUAUCUAGCAAUGAAAGCAGCACUUUGUCAUCGUCUUCAUUAAGUGAGUUAUUUGGUCCAUCUUUCUCAGCUCAACCAUCCAAAAGUCAAGAACAAUCAGACCGUAUACGAAAAAAAUGUAAAUUUCCCAUGUUAACUCCCUCACAGACUGAAAAGAGAUCAAUUAAGGCAUUGACAAUUCCAACUGUUAGGCUUUCAGAUAUUGUAUUAGAGAUCUAUGCAAAAUCUGCAAAUAAGCGAGGAAGUGUGACAACUAUGUUGCCUACGACUCAUCAAUCAGGAAUCAAAUCAUUGUCUUCCAGACCAA